AUGGCUGGAACCACCCUCCAGAACUUCUUUAGAGCACCAGGGAACCAACAACAGAGGCCACGAUUCCAAAAAGGAAGACACCAAGGUGACAAAAAGAAGGUAGAUAAAAGGGAUUUACCUGAGAACAACAGAUUUUAUUGUGACUCGUGUGACAGGGGAUAUAAAGAUGAGGACAAGUAUAAACUUCAUUUAGAUCAACAUCAAAAGUGUCCAAAAGAAGGCUGUACGUAUGUUGCUGCGGGAAAGCUGGUACAGUUACAUAUAAAACUGCAUCAUAACACUGGGUUGGCAAAGAAGAUAUGGUCCCUGGAGUCACAGGAAGAUAUACAAAAAUGGAUCGACGAGAGGAAGAAGAAUUUCCCAACUGCAGAAAAUAUUGAAAAGAAGAAAGCCAUACUAGCAGAACGUAUAGCCAGAGGGGAAGUUAUUGAGGAGAAAUAUUUUGGAAAAAUGCACAGGAGAGAGGAUAAUAAAAGAGGGCGUGGCAGGGGGCGUGGUCGUGAUAGAGGGCCUGGCAGAGGUAACAAUAGAGCAGAUGGUAACCAGCAAAAUGAUAUGAAAAGAAAACUUAAUGAUCCAGACGCAGAUGGGUGUACUGUAAAUAAACAAGCUAAGGAGGGUACUAGUGAAGAUAAUGUGAUGAGGGAAGCUGCAGAGUCAUUAAGUAUGUUCUUUGCUGCAGAUAGCUCAGAUUCUGAUUCAAGUGAUUCAGAUGAAGAUGACAACAAUAAGUCAGUUAAGAAAGUAACAGGAAGUACAUCUUCAACCGUACCUGAUGUUACAGCUGCAGGUGCUCUCGGUAAUCUAAUGUCAACGUAUGUUGUAAGUGAUGAAAGCAGCGAUGGAGAUGAUACAGAAAAACCUGACAAUGUUCCUAUAAAGAAGUCUUCUGCAAAUACAUCAGAACCUAGUGGUGUCCCCAGUGUAACAAAGGGGGAGCAGAAUAACAAUGAUAAUGAUAACAAGAAAUUUAGACAGAGAAAUAGAGGUAGACAGAAGAAAAACAAAGACAAAUGGAACCCACCUCCAAAAUUAGAUAAAUCUUUACUGGAAAAGUUGCUUGCCAAAGAAAUCCGCCAGGAGAGAAACAAAAUCAUGCAAUGUGUUCAUUAUAUUGUUAAAAAUAACUUUUUUGAUAAGCCACAAAAUACCGAAAAUAAAACAUAAUUUUCCAAGAAA